CACCAGGUUGCUUGAUUUCUCCGCCAGCAACCCUUGCAACCGUUGAUUCAACAUCGUCAUCGUCAUCGUCUUCGUCUUCUUCAUUUUCUUCUUCUUCUUCUGUGUAUGGUUAUGGAGGUAGAUUUGAAUUCGCAGUGCAACUGGACCAUUCCUUCCUCAGCCUCUAUCAGCGACACCAUAACUUUCCAAUCCUCGUACUGUCUCCUCAGCGACGAUCAACGAACUGAUCCCACUCCUCUUCUUCUUCAUUCUCCUUCGCCAGAUUCUCCUCCUUGCGAGAUCAAGAUUACUUUUCCGGAGAAGCACGAGCUCAGACAAAUCUACGUUCGGAGCACUGCUCGCGUCUACGAGAUUUACUUUGCGCCGAACGCUCGCACUAACAAUGAAUAUCUCUGCACUGUCCGAUGCGGUCUUGCUGUUAGAGACGAUCACGUUCUUCGUUCCCCCGCUGUCCAAAAUGUAGGUGGUGACGAUAAUGUUAAAACUGAAGAUGAUUGGGUUGAGGUCAAAGUUCCUGAUUCUCCUCACAUCGCUUCGGAAACAAAACCCUACCUCAAUUCCAUUAAAACAUAUCGGUCUCAGGAUCUUUAUGAGGCUACCGCAGAGAUUGAUGAUGCAAAUCCUUGCAUUUCUGUUACUAUUCGGCUGCUCUCGCUUCAGAAUAAAGGAUGUGUUUAUGUUGAUGAGAUUUAUGUUUUUGCUGAUCCUGUUGAUUCAGCCGAUUCAGAAAGCCAAGAAAAGCCUUAUGAAAACUCAUCCGGCAGUUCCCUCAUGGCUAUGUUUAUCCCCACUUUAAUGCAAUUAUCUAAGACAACAGGGCUCAACAAUCUAAAUGCUCUCAGAAAGGAAAAGUCCCUUGUUCAGGGGGAUGAUUUGGAAGCAACUCUCUCUAGUGAUUCUAUAAUUAAAACCCAGGUAAUAGGAAACACUAGCAUAACUGAUCCCCAAGAAGUGAAGUUGAAGGAGGUAGAAGGAGGUUGGGUGGGUCCAUCCCAGCCAGAUGUCAUCCCACAACUUGCUAAAAUCGAGAGAAACCCUGUUGCAGUACCCUCCCAAACUGCCAAAAUGGACAGCACUUGCACAGUUGUACCCUCAAAAAUUGCUGAAAUGGAGAACAACCAUAGUGCUGUUCCCUUUGAAUUUGCUAAAAUGGAGUGCAACCGUAGUUCUGUCCCCUCACAAGUUGGUAUUCCUGAAAGCAAAGGUGGUUUUUCUUUGGGUUACAAUGUUGAAAGGCUCUUGGAACAGCUUGUAUCACGCAUGGACAGGAUAGAAGAAAUCUGUUUGGGCUUUCAAGAGAAAAUGGUAGUGCCCAUGAGCAGCAUGGAGGUGAGACUUCAAAGAGUUGAACAGCAAGUGGACACAUUGACUAAGAAUUUACAGAACUCUGCAUUGCCAUCACAUUGUAAGAUUUUCUCUCCUGAUGCUUCUUGUAUUGAAUCAGAUGCCAACACCAGCGAUUGUCCUGAUUAUCUGGUGACUAGGGAAAGUGAACCAGAUGAGAAUCACUUACACGCAGAGAUACAACAUGUCUCUUCUCCUCCUAAUAGGUCUGAUUCAGGAAAUAUUCCAACAUUGCUCCCAGGUCUUGUAGUUACGGCACCUGAGUUUCCUGAUGGUGAGGAUGAAGAAGAUAAUGCACCAGGUCAAGAAACAAGUUCUUUGAAAGAUAAAGGAAAGCACACAAUUGAUGAUGCCUUAUCUUCUGCAUUGGCUAAUUUUUUGUCUUCUGUGUCGAUGGACUCUCCAAAGUAUACAAAAAGUCUAAUUGUUAAAGCCCCUGAGUUUUUAAAUGAAGAUGAUGAUGAUGACCAUGGGAGCAGUAGUGAGAUAGCAAAAAAUGACUCGGUUUGUCUUGCAGAAAGUGAGGAAUUUAGUCACAUCCAAGUGUUGGCUUCAUCUAAUACUUUGGAAAAUGGUGAGAAGAUAAACCCAGAUUCUAAUUGUAAACAAUCUGAGAAGACUGCCCAGGAAGCUGAAGAAGAUGGACAACUUUACAUUGCUAGAAGAAAUCAAGAAGAGGUGCAUGUGAAAACUAAUAGUUUAACUGAACUCAAUCCUGAAACAGGUUUUAUUGACAACUCUGAAGACGAUGAUAAUGGAAGGAUCAAUGGUCAUAAAGGUGAUGGUUUGCUAGACAAUCAGACUCCAUAUUGUUAUAGCAUCACCGAGGAAGGACCGACUUCAGGAACCGAAGAUACUGUUGCAAGAGAGGUACCUAGAAAGGCCUCCCACGAGAAUAUCUUAAAGAACGUUCUUGGAUUUUCAGUAGGUUCCUCUGCUGUGGAUUUUGAAAAUCCAAUCUUGGAUGUGAAAUUUAUUUCUCAGAGAAGUCCUGCCACUGAUCGUUUCCUUGAAGAGCUUCUUCACGUUGAUACACAAGAAAGCACCAGUUCAGUAGAUCCCUCUGUCAAGGAAAGCAACGUUGAUCUUUCCGUUGAGGAACAACUGAAAACAAAUGAUGUCUCAGUUGAGCAGUCAAAUUUGAUUUCAAUAGAUGAGGAACCAGCGAAUCUAGUUAGCGAAAGUCAUUUUGCUGUGGACUUAGACUCGUGUACUUCGAUACCUGUGAACAUCGACGACGAUAAUCUGCUUCUGCCUGAGGAUCAUAAACGAAAACGUGAUCAAGUAACUUGGUCAAGUAGCAUGUGAAUUGGUUUCUAGUCCUUGCUUCAGUUCUUGAAUAGAUUUUUAGGCACUGUAUAUAAAUUUUCGUGAAUAUCAUCUUCUUCCUUCUUUAAGUUUUCUACAAUAGUUUUUUUUUUUAUUGCCUUGUGGCGUCGCUGCAUGCAUGACAAAUUAACAACUGUAAGUAGUAAAUCACUUUUAGUUGUAGAUGCUUGAUAAAUGAGAUAAAUACUUAUUAUUCAUAUUUAUUUUUAAUUUUAUAUUUGUAUUAAUUCA